AUGGCGGAAAGCUUCGUGGUAUACAUGGAAGUGAACGGGAGGGACAAGAAGACUUUCGGAAGGAAAGCCCUCUUGGUAGGCGGAGCCAUCGCCGUUGCAAUGUUGCUUGCAGUAGCUCUGUCUGGAAACGAUGAGGGCUCUGGGCUGGCUCAGAAGAUGGCGGCAAUGAAACACGCCAACGCUCAUCGUGUCAAGAACAUGGAGAAGGUUUACUCCAGGCGUGAGAUCUUGUUGAAGACCAUCCACGAAGCUGUGGCAAGCUUACCAGUCAAGGCUCAGGCUGAUUGUGCUCGCAAAGACACCUACCUGACCAUUCAGGAGAAGUUUCAGUCUUUGAAGGCCAACCUUACCUCGGAGAAGGAUGAGCGAGUGAAGCUUGAUGAUGAGACCAAGAAGGAUAAGGAUGAUGCCUACCAGCAAUGGAUUGAAUCCGAGUCUGCGUUUCGCUCAGCCCAGUCGACCAGGAGCAGUGCUGUGUCUGCAGCUGAAUAUGCUAAGGGACAACUCGAGAAGUACACUUCUGCGUUGAAGGAAGCUGAAGAAAACUUCCUGAAGAACAACGCCCCGGUCAAAGCUGAGAAAGAGAACCUCGCAGCCCAGCAGCAGAUGAUUACUAACAUCGUCGGCCUGAUUCAAUCUAUGACGACAUCUGCCGCAAAGGGGACAAGCAACGAUGUCAGGCUUAAGCAGGUUGAGGACAGCGUUGCAAAGUUGGAGAAGGAUUCUCUUUCCCUGCCUGCUCCAGCUCGAGCUCAGCUGCAGAGACUCCAGAAGGCUACUACGUCCUUGUCGGAUGUGACGGCAGCAACGAUCGCCGACUCACUCGCUAUCUUGAACGAGAUGAGCAUGGAAAUCAGCAGCAGGAUCGAAGCGAUCGACGCUCAGAUGGCUGGUUCCCAGGAAGAGAUCUCAAACAACAAGGCCAAGAAAGAAGAGUGGAUGGUGAAGUUGGUUGAGCUGUCGGACACAGCGGACAGGGCGAAAGCAGAAGAAAACUCAGCAGACCUUCACCGCCAGCAACUGGGCGGGCAGUACGAGGUCAAGAAGUCUACCUACGACGACCAGGCCUCCAGCCUGCAGACUGACCUGCAGCAGUACGACAACGAAAUCUCCGCGGUCGGCAGCGUCGUUCAGUUCGUCGACAACCUCGUGGCCGCCUGCUCUGCAUAG